AUGGAUGAUAAUGAUGAUGUACAUGACAUGCAUGAUGAUAAUGAUGAAGAGGGAGAUGAUGUACAUGGCACGCACGAUGAGGAGGAGGAGCGUGAUGAUGAUGGUGAUGAUGGUGAUGAUGAAUGUAAAACCAAAUCCUAUGGAUGUGACAUUCAAGAAAUCAAUGAAAAAGAUUUCACAAAGAAAAAUACAAAUUGUAAACAGAGUGUGGAUAGUUUAAUACAAAAUGUGACUAAUGAUGGCUUGGCGAUAGUGACGUUCCGUAUACGUACCCAAAGAUGUCCUAGAAAUCAAAACAGAUCCCGUGGUGUGGUUAUAGAACUCACCUUGUCUCGUGACGAUGACUUCGAUUACAAGAUCUUUGCUUUAGAAACGAAACGAAGACUGCAGACUAAGAGUGGUCCUAUUUAUUUCAAACUAAUGGUGACUUUGCCUAACAUAAAAGCUUUAUUCAUUACGCGAGUGUCCCCGAUACAAACAAGGAAGGGAACUAAGUCUUUAAUGAGACUUCCGAUUAUUGUUGGAGAUGCCGAAGAACGCAAUACAAAUGUCGAGAAGAUAAACCAGCCAAACGUUGAAAACAAAUGCAGAUGUGAAGACAUCACGUAUACAACGAACAAGACAAUAUCCCUCAAUCUAUGUGGUUCUCAGCUUCUAAAAUAUGCCACGGUAACACUUCAAGGUUCCGAUAGUAUCUACACACCAACGAAUAAGAGUGACUGCGAAGAGAAUUAUUUAAACUUGCCCGGCGGUGUCUAUACAGUUUUGACCCAUUUCGAAUGUAAAAACAACAAAAGUGUGGUAUGUCCAAAGAAAAUCACCAUUCAGACAGAAACAGAUAGCGUCAAAACAAAACCGACCGAAGAUGCUGUUGAUGUGAACAAAGUUUUAUGGAUUGUUGGAACAUCUACCGGAAUUGUGAUGGCUCUCAUUGUUUUGACGUAUGGGAUGUUAAUGUGUCGUCAUCAUAACGCUGUAAAAAGGCUGAAAGAAAGGAAGAGGAGAAUCAAAGAACGAAAUGACAUUAUGCUUGUUUACAUCGGUGAUUCUUUACCAAAAGAGAAGAUAGGAGAAUUUGCUAGCCUACUUUUUAAGGAUUCUCAACUUCCGGUCCAUUUUGUCGAUGAUAAAGCGUCCCAAGGACAGAUAUUUAGCAAUAAGUUUGAUUGGCUUGACAAAUGUGUGCAGGAUAGCUCAAACUUCGUUUUCAUAGCAUCCAAAGACCUCUACACAUUACUUAAAAGUCAAGGAAAUGCGGAUUUCAUUUUGCAUUCUGAGGGAAAUCUUGCAUUAGGUACCGAAAGCGAAAACGAUUGGUUGGCACAGACUUUUUGUUAUGUGAUGAACUUACUGCGAGGAACACAAUUUUCUGGACUGAAAAGGCGGCGCUUCUUUAUCGUAUCGUUUGACUGUGAAAAAAGACAAAGAAAUGAUUACGCACAUAAGAUAUCAAAACUUAGUAUAUUUCAAAGUAAAGGUACCAAGAUAUGUUAUGUUUCACAGGAACAACCCAUGACUGUCCCUGUGAAGUUACUGCUGGCACUGCGUGCAAGCAAACAUUCCAAACAAUCAGCCGGGAAUGAUGAUGAUACCAUGGAACAAGGAAGACUUUUACCAAUGGAAGACUCAAAUGAAAAUAUCCCAAAUGAUGUAUAA